AUGGCGUCUCAUAUAGCUAACAAUUCGUUAAAAGUUUGCCUGACAUUGUUCCCCGAAAAUCCAAUAACAAUCGGUUUAUUCGCUUUAUUCAUAUUUGUUACUAUAAAUGCACAAACGGGUUCCAUUUUGUCCACACAAAUUAAUUAUAAUGAAACAACAACAGAAGCAAUUGAAACUUCGACAAAUAGUGUAAAUAAAAAUUAUAAUAAUAAUAAUGAAAGUGAAUUAAAUUUAGAUAAGAUUAAUGAAUCUACAAUUCGCGUUACACAAUCAAGUACUUUGCAAAAAUUACAACUUUUAGGUCGAAAUUCAAUAGUUCCAAAUAUAAUAUCGUCUAAAUCUAGUCAUUGGGAACAAGAAGAAAUAAACGAUCAAAAUCAUCAUGAAACUAAUUCUUCUGAACCAGAAGAAAACUGGAUAAAUAUCACUUUAGCCGGACCAUAUCCUGUUCCAACAAAGAAAAUUUACAAUAUUUCCAUUGAUUCUGGAAGUGAUAUAGAAAUAUAUAUCAGAAAACUUGAUAUUCAUCCAACAAAAGAUUUUCUUAAAUUAACACUUAAACCAGAACAAAAUGACAUUAGUAAUGGGAAUAAUGUAGCAAUAAUAUCAGUUCAACCCCUUAUUUUAACAGGAUCAUUAAAGGAGCAAUUAAAAUUAAAAGCUAUCGAAUGCACAAAUGUACAAAUAGAAUUUACAGCUCUCGAACGUGAUACUGAUGAUACAAAAAAGAAUUAUGAAGGUUUUUUUAUAUCAUAUAGACCAUCUGGUGAAAAAUUAUUACCAGCUACAUCACCACCUGAUGUGACAGUACCAUUUGAUGAAUUAGAAACUCUAAGUACAUUAUUAGUUGUAAAAAGAUCAGAACAAUAUAAUGAAACUUGGAUUAAAAUGAAAGAAUUACUUUGUAAUGCAACCAAUCAAUAUUUACAAAUAUCAUCAAAUAAUUAUUUGGAACCAUGUUAUCCACAUAAUGUAACAUUUACAACAGUUGUUCAUUGUCCACAGAAUUGGCCAAAAUCAUCCGAUUGUAUUGAAUUAUAUUUUGCUGUACAAUUAUAUCCAGAUUUUAAUUCUAUUACAACAAUAGAUCCAUUUAAAUCAGUUUUAUUUGUAAGAGAACCAGGUGGUUUAAAUAAAACUUUAUUAUCUGAAAUGUGGGAUAAAACUGGUCGAAUGAUAUUUAAACAAGCCGGUUAUCCAGAAUAUGAUAAAGCUAGUCCAAAUGAACAGUUAAUGAUGUGGUUAAGUAUUGGUGUUGGAAUUAUGUUAAUAGUUUUUAUUGUUGCUAUAGCUCUCCUUAAAUCUGAUAUAAUUAAAAAUAAAUGGGUUGCUUUAGAGGAAGAGGAAAAAAAAGAAUAUAAAAAUCAAAAUGAUAUUGACAUAACGAUGUAUCCUUCACCAGAUCAAGUAGUUCCUGAAUUGUUUCCUGGCCACCCAAAUGUAUAUGGAAAUGAAAUUGGAUACAAUAUUGAUAAUGGUCGAAUACCAUCUAUUUCUGAAACUAGAAUAUCAAGAGAUAUUGAAAGUACUCAAAUGAUUGAAGAAGGAAUUAAUCCAUCAUUCAUUGAAGAUGAAGAAGAAAGAGUAGGUUCAGUAUUUCGAAUGAGAAUAAAUGGAGUAAGUAGAGAUGAAGCUAACACCUGAAAAGUGAAAAAAAAUUUAAAAGCUAUUAUUUAAUAUUUAUUUGUUUAACCUAUUUACAAUAAAAUAAUAAAAUCAAUUUUUUAUCUUAUGAUU